AUGGAGACUAGAAAGAAUAGGGUGAAAUUCGCACCAAACAAUAUGUGGCCAGAUGCAGGCAAAAAUUAUGUUUUUGAUUCAGUGGACUCCGGUAGAGCCAAAAACUUCAAAACGUUCCCGUUCUGUAAAUCAUCAGCAAAUCACAUGCGACAGGCCAUAGUGUUACUCGAAAAAUUAGAUGAAAGAUUAUUGAUACAUUACAAGAGCAAGUAUGUUAAACCCAGAUUGAAGUCUAUAUCCACAACCACCAGCAAAUCUGAACAUCGAAGAUAUCCAUCUACGAAGAAAACAGAUAACCAUAUUAAGACUAAUGAUUUGAUUGAUAAAGAGCUCAUUAUUUUGAUAAGGAAUCAAUUCAAUUAUGAUACAAAUUUUCAAUUUCAACUGAACCAGCAAUUAAAAAUUGCCCAAAAAAUAAACUCUAAAAGUUACAUAGAUAAAGUACAUAUUCAGAGUAAAACUUUCAAGUGUGAAAUUUGUCAAAAAUCAUUUAGACACGAUAAGGAUCUCAAAAGUCAUGUAAUGGCAGUACAUAUUUUUAGCAAUUUCUUUGAGUGUCAUUUAUGUCAAGAAUCGUUCAGACACAAAAAUAUUUUGCAAUAUCACAUAAGUGAAGUACAUAACCUUAGUCAACAUUUUAAAUGUGACAUUUGUCACAAAUCAUUUGGAUUCAGAGAUCUCAGAAAGCACAUAAUGGCAGAUGAUUUUAAAAUACAUAUAAUGACAGUACAUAUUUGUACCAAACCUUUUCUGUGCGACAUUUGUCACAUGUCAUUCGGAUACCAGGAGGAUCUCAAAAAGCACAUAACAGUACAUAUUUGA